UUGUUUGUUUGGGAGGUGGGAGGGGAGCAGAGAGUGUGAGACACUGUCGUGCUUCAGUGCAGUCAGUGUGUGACAGCGAGCCAGCGGCGGAGAUGUCGGAUGACGACUCGAGGGCCAGCACCAGCUCCUCCUCGUCUUCAAGUUCCUCGCAGGCAGCUGAGAAAGAGACGAGAAACAACAACAACAACGACAGCAUCACCGGGACCGGCGGCGGAAGCAGCAAUAACAACAACAACGGCGGCGGAGGGAGCAAGAGGAAAAGAGAAGCGAAGAACAACACCAUGAGCAAGAACCCUAAGCUGCUCACCACCAGCGCCAAGAGAAUCCAGAAGGAGCUUGCUGAUAUCACGUUGGAUCCACCACCGAACUGCAGUGCUGGACCAAAAGGCGAUAAUGUUUAUGAGUGGAGGUCAACAAUUCUGGGGCCUCCAGGGUCAGUUUAUGAAGGUGGUGUGUUCUUUCUCGACAUUGUAUUUUCAGCAGAAUAUCCUUUUAAACCACCCAAGGUGACUUUCCGAACAAGAAUCUAUCAUUGCAAUAUCAACAGUCAAGGUGUGAUCUGUCUGGACAUCCUGAAGGAUAACUGGAGCCCAGCACUGACCAUCUCCAAGGUUCUUCUGUCAAUUUGUUCUCUUCUAACAGAUUGCAAUCCUGCGGACCCUUUGGUUGGGAGCAUAGCCACACAGUAUAUGACUAACAGGGCUGAACAUGACAGAAUAGCAAGACAGUGGACCAAGAAAUACGCCACAUAAACUGAUGGUUGUCAGUCCUACCGACAUUUUUCUCCGAUGGAAAUGAGCUGCUUCUCAUUGAAUUGAAAAGGGGAAUGGGUUGGGGUGAAGGGGAGGGGAGGGGAAUGGGACAAGCAUUCCUAUUACAGGUUUUAAAUGCAACAGUCUUUUAUUUGCAUAAGUCUAGUCAGAACUCUUGAUGAGCUUUGUUAUUGUAGCUUAAACAAUAAACUAUUGAUAUCUGACAAUAGAUAGGAAAUUCACGUGGAAAAGUUUGAUGAUUAUGACAUAAUGGGUCAAUCAAGACCCAGAUUUGUUACUGAAAUAUUAAGUGAUACCUCUUUACUGGUUUAAGUUUUAGUUGUCUGUGUUCACUGUGUAUGGUCAAAAUUUGAAGAUGCUUAUAACACCAGUCAAACUUGGAAGGGUUGAAACUGUUGAAAAAUGUAGGGGAAGCCAUGCUAAAGACUUUUGGCAUUUUUUAAAAUCCAAGAAGAAUGCUGACCAGAUACAACAGCAUCGUCUUUAUUCAGGGAAUAAGGAGUGAAUUGGCAGAAUAUUUGUAAUUACAGGGAACUGGUUUUAUUUCGCAGGGAGAGUGAGGGUGAAACCCAAAAUCCUUUUAACUGUUUUGCCUUAUUUGAAUUAGGGUCUCAAUUCAGUGUGCUUUGUGGGCUAUGUACUAGGGCAGAUUUUGUUUUUACAUUAAUAUUAUACAACUUUAGGUCCUUUCUAAAAUUAUCAAGCAUGUAACCUUAAAAAAAAUUGAUUGAAGGCCUUGAGCCCUUGACUUAUUUCAAAUUCUACAAUACCUGUUUCAAAAAACAGUUGUGUCAGUGGUCAUGCUUUAGCCAGAUGAGAGUAUUGUAUUAAAAUAUCUUUGCUGCUUUCUUUUAAUGCAGAGUGUUCACAAAAGAAGAGUGCAUUUUAAUUUUGAUGUUUUGUGAAAAUUUUAGAGAAUAUUCGAACUUGAGGCUGAGCUGUUUAAGUUCUGUUAACUAUUGUUAAGACUUCAUUGGCCCCUUCAUAUUGCAAAUUCAAAGAAUGCUGAUCUCUACCAAAGUUGUACAGUUACUGGGCUGUAACCACUGUAAUUCCGACUGUCUUAUUUGGGAAGUUAAAUCUAAAAUGUCAGUUUGUCAGCAACCACACAUUCUAAUUAAAAACACUGAUCAUGAAACUUUAUUUAAUGAGCAAUAGUUGAAAAUCUCCAUAGUUCUUACUUAGUAUUGUCUAGUUGUGGCAACUUUUGAGGAUGUACAGCUUGUGCACAAAGCUGUGUGGGCUUACUGCUAUACCAGGAAGUUUUUGUAUGACUGAGUGCAUUAAGUUGACAAAGAACUAACCAAAUCAGUAAAUGAUUUCAACUUCUGCGACCUUUAGUUCUAAGGCUAAAAGAUUGGUGCAUUUUCUUUUUUUUAAUUCUUCUUAUUAGUGUGCAUAUCUCAAAACUAAUUAAAAGAGUAUGUGUUCCGAUUUAGAAGAAGUGUUGGGAUGUAUGCUGGGAAAAUUAGUACACCUGAAUAUAAAUAUGAAGAUGCCA